GUCCCAUGCGGAGAUGUCGCGGGCCAAGAAGAGUUUCGAGGCGAGAACGAGACAGAACAGACUGAUAAUGGUACAGGGCGAGAGGGAUCUAGAAGAGGGCUGCAGCCAAUUCGUGCAGUCCAACAAUCUUCAGAAGGAGUUUAUAUCGGGCUACGGCUGGGCCCCCACCAAGUACGAGAAGAAGAUCCUUGAGGGCACCUAUGACGGUCUCUUGCCCUCUAAUGUUCUGGGAAGACAACCCAUAGAGGCGCAGAGGAAAAAGAGGGCUUUCAAACGAGCAUCAAAUGACUUCCGCAGUUUGACUCUGUACAGUGACGACUACAGUCAAAUGCCGAACCACAUGGAGUCCCACAUGCAAGAAGUGCUAGAUGACGUCACACCACCAGACUACGACGCCAGUCACUCCCUCAAACUCAAGACGGAACAGGAGCAGAGGAAAAGUGGAGGGGCGGGCACAGCAGGCGGAGAUAAAGAGACGCAUCGCACUGCAUCGAGCAAGACCGGGACAGAGGCCUCCUACAUUUAUAACGACUUCUAUGGCGCACCCGUGGACUUCGUCGGAACAACCGAAUCAUCAGAACUAGGUUACGUUGGAGGAGAUUUAUACGAUUUGGAAUCCCAGUCGCAAGAUCAAUCCAGAUCCAAAGUUUCCACAAUAUCCAGCCAAGAUUCCAGAUCUAACGUCAAAGAUGCUUCGGCGGGGGAAAACUACGAAGUGCUGGACUAUGAUUCAUUCAGACAGGAGGAUCCAUACAACCAGGAAUCUGACAGUUCCUGGAGCGGAAGUGACGAUCCUCGGAGAAGACAAAGAAAGGAACAUAAACAUCCUCCUCAGAGGAGAAACCAAUGAAUAGCUCUAAACUAUAGAAUCACAUUAACCAGC